AUGCGCCAAUCGGCCAAUGCAAUUGCGAUUCCUUUCUAUCCGCGACUCACUCUGCCACUACACCUGCACUACCUAACCUACCUCUCUUCCACCUAUUCAUCUCUGCCGCACGAGAAUUACAGAUGCGAGCACCCAUUUCAUCUCACGUCACAUUGAAUCCAACCAGACCCUUCUCCAUUGCCGGCUCUUUUUCCCUCAGGCCUAUCUACGACGCCCCAUUGGCCUGCUAAAGCGCGUUGACUGUGUCAUGUCCGACUCUGAGGACGCGGUCAGCCUCCCCGAUGAGAGUGGUGGCGACCUCUUCGGGGACGAUGACAACCAAGCUCAAUCCGACCAGGACGGGGGACUCAGCGACCGCGAGCUGGGAUCGGAGCCGGAUGAGGGCGAGAGCCGCGCGCGCGACGAUGGCGUCGACGACGCGGAGGAGGACCAAGAGGUCCAGAUGAAGCGCAUUAUGGGUGUGACGGUCCAUCGACACAGGACGCCGAGAACUAAGGAUGGUUUCUUGCAAUCGAUGAAAGUGCCGUAUUUCCUCAAGUUCCAGGCCGAGGAAUACAAGCCCGAGACGUUCGAGCCGAGCGAGUGGGAUAUACAGAACGCGCGUUCCGAUAAGCGCAAGAACGUCGUUCGCUUCCAGCGCGAUCCGGAGACCGGGGAGCUCAAGAGCAAUGCGGCAAUCUACAGGUGGAGCGAUGGGUCCCUCUCCAUGUCCGUCGGCAGCGACCAUUACGAGAUACAGAAGAAGAGCAUGGCGCCACCGGCGGGAAAGCCGCAGUACGAGGAGCGGGACGAUGCUCACUACUACGUCGCCGCCGCCCAUAUCACCAGUGAGCUGUUCUUGACUGUCGGCCACGUCUCAGAGCAGUACACGGUCAACCUGAGUUCGACCCUCCAAGACGAGGCUACCCUCAAGUUCAACCGAGCCAUGGCGGAAGCCGCACGCGCCAGAAACAGCGGUGCCGGUAUGAUCAUCACGACCACGAAGAACCCGGAGCUCCAGAAGCGAGAGGCGGAGUUGGCGGAGAAGGAGCAGCUCAAGGCACAGAGAAGACGAGAGACGGCGGCCGCACGUCUUGAUGGUAGUAGGGCCGGAGCCUACAAGUCUGGUGGGCUAUCCAUCGGCGACCUGGAGAGCGGGCGGAGAGCGGGCGGCCCUCGGAAGCGAGGUGUGCCGGGUUCCUCGAAGGGCAAGCGGCGCAGGCCGGAAUACGACUCAGAUGACGACUUCCCAUCCGGCGGUCGCCGCCAGAAUGAAUACGACCGUGAGGAUGAUUUCAUUGCACCCAGCGACGAGGAAGGCGCGAGCGAGGAAGAGGAAGAGGAGGAGGAGGAGGAGGACAUCCUCGACGACGACGACGACGACGACGAGGGUCCCCCUCGAAAGAAACGGCAGAAGACAGCCGAUGCGGAGGAUGACGCCGACGCCGACGCCGAUCUCGACGACGUAGAUGCGCCGGCUCCGGCGGCAGAGUCGUCUCGAGUAAGACGACGUCGCGUCGUUGACGAGGACGAAGACGAAGACGACGAGUAGGGGAAUAUAGCGGACAGGACUUGGGGUCACAACCACGAGCGAUGGCCAGAAUUUCCUGUACCCAUCAUAGGCCGUAACAUGUGUGCCUCGACCUCGCGAUUUCUUCGGACCUGGCUAUGUUCUAUGAUGGAUCUACACCCCCGAAGCCUCGGGAGGUCUGGCAAGGCAUGAUGGGCGAAAUGAGCCUGAGAACUGUAUCACAUUGCUGGUAGCGUCGAUUCUAUCAAUCAAUAUAAUAGAGCGGAGACGAGACUUGACUGAUA